AUGGAGCCCAUCGUUCACACCGUCUUUGAGCCGCAGACCUCAACUUGGCAGUACGUUGUAGCCGACCCCUCCACCAAGGCCGCUGCCAUCAUUGAUCCCGUCCUCAACUUUGACCCGGCCCGCAACGCCAUCUCCACCAAGUCUGCGGAUGACCUACUUGCCCUGAUCCAGCAGGAGGGCUACACCGUCGAACAUCUCCUCGAGACACACGUCCACGCCGACCAUCUAACGGCAGCAAAGUACCUUCAGGCCCGGCUCGCUAAAGACGGAAGGAAGCCCGGAGUCGGUAUCGGGAAGCGGAUCGCCGAGGUCCCAGGAGCGGAUCACAUGGGGUACUUGAUCGGGGACAGACUGUUAACAUCUCCAGGGAACAUUUUCUGUGGUGACUCUAUCUUCAACUCAGACGUCGGUUCCGCCCGCUGCGACUUCCCCGGCGGCAACGCCAACGACCUCUACCAAACCGCCACCAAACUCUUCACCCUCCCACCCGCCUACAAGAUCUACACGGGGCACGACUACCCGCCCAAAACCCCGCGCGCCACACCGCAAGCCGCCUCGACCGUGGCCGAGCAGAUGGCGCACAACAAGCACCUCAAGGCGGGCACGUCGCAAGCCGACUUUGUCAGCUGGCGCACCGAGCGCGACGCGGGGCUGGCCGAGCCCAGGCUCAUCCACCAGGCCCUGCAGGUCAACAUCCGCGCGGGCGGGCUGCCGCGCGAUGGCCUGCUGCAUGUGCCGGUGAAGAUGGAGGUGCAGGUGGAGGGGUGGUGA